GUUGACCGGAUGUCUGACAAACUAGUAAGUUAAGGUAAAUCACUGGAGGAGAGUGACCAAGUGAGGACGCAUCUCGGUUGAAGCAAUUUAGGUCCAUUUGGGAUCCCUAAGCUGAGACCUUGAUUAGUUCCUGAUUCUGGGAGGACAAAAACUAAUUAAUAAUACCUUUUAUUAUUAUUAAAUUGUCAUAAUACUUAUUUUACAGGAUAUUUUGAUCCAACAUUGUUUUACAAGGUAAAAGGAAGAAAAUUGCUUUAGGAUGAAAAGUGUUAAGGCGCCUUCGUAGUGUUUAUAAAAGGCGCUUUCCGUAGGAUAAAUGUUAGUCGAAGUCAUGGAUAAGCACCGGAUUGAUCGGGAUUGAUCUUGCCUCAUUGGAGGCGCCUUCCAUGCCUUUUAUAAGGCUAUCUCGAGGAGGCAUUGACACACAAUGACUAAACGAGCUACUACGCGUUCUUUUGAGAUUCUAACUGCUCCGAGCUCAUGCUACGACUUUGCUCCGAAUCUGCUGUGCCUGACAACUGCUCCGAGGAGUUUCGAGUGCAGCCGACAGAUCGACAUCGACAGGAGCAUUUCAAUAUCAAUCUCUAAGUGUCGGUAAAAUUUUAUUUUGCGUAUUUAUUUACUGCAAAAAGACAAGUGCAAAGUGUUGCACUUGUUCUGAACUUCUUUGUAUUCGAUUCCUUCUUUCGGAGGUAUCGAAAAAGGUUUUUAGUGGAUUACCUGAUUAUAGGUCUGUGAGAUUGAGUCUUGGAAUAGGAGUCACCGAAGGUUUCGAAUCAAAUAAAAUUAUUUAUGUUUUUUUGUGCCGCAUCUUUUUAAUUUUGACUGUGCAUACUCGUAUUUUAAAAAUAUUAAAAUAAUUUUUUAAAAUCAUACGAUUGAUCUCUCCCACGUGUUACUCUCGACCCAAUAAAAUCCACGUGCUGUAUAUAAUAAAUAAGAACCUAAUUGUCGACCCGUUCCAUCGUUGACUAUCUAGGGCAACCCUGUUGGUGCUUGAUUUUAUUUUUUUUAUACGGUCCGGCUCACAUGACAGGACAUGACAUGACGUGAUAAAUUCUCGUUGCGGACGCGUCUAUAAAUUCUCCAUCGUCGCUGCCAAUCAGAAUUAACUUAGAUAACGCUGUAAUUUAGCUUAGGCAACAUGGUUAAAGAAACAGAGCACUUCGCGAAGCUCGCCGUCGACUACCUCUUUGCCCGUGGCGUCUACAUCCUCCUCUCCAUCUUCCUCGCCUUCUUCCUUAUCCAGGCGCCAGCGUCCGUCUCGUUGGAUGAUUUCCGCCGCCGGCUCGACUCGACCGCCGCCGUGCUCGGCGGAUGCCUUCUCCUCUGCCUCCUCAUCAUCUACCUCCUCGUGCGGCCGCGGCCCGUGUAUCUGAUGGAGAUCGCGUGCUACAAACCGAAGAAGUCGACCCAGGCGUUCAUAUCGAUGUCGGACUUCGCCGGCGUGUUCUCGCCGGAGAGUCUGGAUUUCCAGCGCAGGAUCUUGGGGCGCGCCGGCCUCGGCCACGAGACGUACCUGCCGGAGACGGUGGUGCGCGCGCCGUCGUACAACCAUCCGGUGGAGGCGCGGAAGGAGGCCAGCGCGGUGAUGUUCGAGCCGGUGGAGGCGCUGCUGAAGAAGACGGGGCUGCGGCCGGAGGACGUCGACAUUUUGAUCGUCAACUGCGGCCUGUUCAACCCGGCGCCCUCGCUGUCGGCGAUGGUGGCGAACCGGUUCAAGCUCCGGCACGACGUGAUCACGUUCAACCUUGGCGGGAUGGGGUGCAGCGCGAGUCCGAUUGCGAUAGCGCUCGCUAGGGAUCUUCUCCAGCUCAACCGGAAUUCGUAUGCCAUCGUCAUCAGCAUUGAGAAUACUGCCAUGGGCGGCAGGUACGACGGCAACGACCGGUCGAUGCUGGUGUCCAACUGCUUGUUCAGGGUGGGCGGCUCCGCCGUGCUGCUGACCAACAAGCGCAGCGAGCGGCGGCGAUCCAAGUACCAGCUUAUGCACGUGGUGCGCACGCACACGGGCGCCGAUGACCAGAGCUUCAUGGCGGCCGCUCAGGUGGUGGACGCCGACGGCAAGCUGGGCGUCUCCCUCUCCAAGAACCUCAUGGCGGUGGCCGCCGACGCCCUCCGCAUCAACCUCACCACCCUCGGCCCCCUCAUCCUCCCCACCUCCGAGAAGCUCCUCUACGUCGCCAAGUGGCUGGCGGGGAGGGUGAUGAGUAACAAGGGCGGCGUGACGAAGGCAUACGUGCCGGACUUCACGCGGGCGGUGGAGCACGUGUGCAUCCACACGGGAGGCCGCGCCGUAGUGGAGGAGAUGGGGCGGUGCCUGCGGCUGACGGAGUGGCACCUGGAGCCGUCGCGGAUGACGCUGUACCGAUUCGGCAACACGUCGAGCAGCUCGGUGUGGUACGUGCUGGCGUACACGGAGGCGAAGGGGCGGGUUCGCAAGGGCGACCGCGUGUGGCAGAUCGCGCUGGGAGGCGGCUUCAAGUGCAACAGCGCCGUGUGGAGGGCGCUCCGGACCGUGGAGGCGGCGGCGGAGGACCCCAACCUCAACCCGUGGGCGGAUGAGAUCCGCAAGUUCCCUGUGCAAGUGGUCGCCACGCCCAACGCCGACACCAUGGGAAUUCGUCUUGUUAAAUUUGAUUAUUAAUGAAUGA